UUGACAUUUUUUUAGAAAUUCACUUUUUAUGUGUUUUGUGUUCUUCUAUGAUAGCUUCAUCAGUUUAUGUUAAAAAUAUGUUUAAAUUUUAUCAUCUUACUCAAAUAAAGCCACCUAAAAGUUUUCGAUUUUUUUUAAAAAGGCGAAUUUGCUUCAAAUACGCCCUUUUUAAAAAAAUCGCUCUCAGCUGAUUCGUAUAUUUAGGCGCAAUACGCAGAAAAUGUAAAUAGUUUUUCGUAUGUUGUUGUUGCUAUUAUAAGAUUUUUAAUGGACCUUGGUAUUCCAAGUCCUAGAAAAAAGAAAGAAAGUUAUCCUUGUCAGUACAAACAUAACAAAAUAAAACAAGCACGUUUAAUGGGACAGUCAUACAUAAAUUAUAAGGGAAAUGAAGUUCCACCAAAGUACCCUACGUUUACUUGCAGGUGCAAAAAAAAGUGUUUGGAGAACUUUGGAGAGGCUAACUGUGUGGAUAUCUUUUCCAAAUUUUAUGAUAUAAAAAGCAAAGAAAAACAAGAUUUUUAUAUUCAAGGAUUAAUAGAUGUCACUAAAGUUAAAAGAAGAGUGCCACAUCAAAAGGAUCUUGAAAACCUGAAGCAGCCAAGUAGCUUCUCCUAUCAUGUGAUUGUAGGCAAUGUACGCAUAGAGAUAUGUUUCAGUGCACUUUUAUCUGUCUUAAGUAUUAGUGAAAAAUGAUUAUGGAGAAUAAGGAACCUUAAGGUUAUUGGAAUAAACCCUUAAGAUAAAAGAGGUAGAGGUAUUACUAAUUGUCUUUCUCAGAAUGUUCAUGACAUUGUUAGUAAUCACAUAAGAUCAUUUCCACUCAAGGAAUCACAUUACUCAGGGAAAAAAGUAUAUUACCUCAAUGCAAGUUUAAAUGUAAAAACAAUGUGGCAACUUUUUUGUGAAAAAAAUCCAGAUUUAAAAGUGAGCAAGUCUUUUUACUGGAACCAUUUUAAAACUAAUUUUAACUUAUGGUUUGGGCGCCCACAAGUGGGUACUUGUUGCACAUGUGAAGAAUUGAAUCUUAGAUUAAAAUCACCGCAUCUCAAUAAUGUAGCUAAAAAAGCAGGGCAGACUGAUUUAGAUGUUCAUAACCACAGGAGUAAUAAAUUUUUCAAUGCUUUAAAACAUGAAACAUCAGAAAAUGGCUUAAAUGAGGAGCACAUUCUAUCAUUGGCAUUUGACUAUGUGAAGACGAUAAGCUUGCUAAAAAUACCUGUCCAACAACUUUAUUAUAUGAGACAUCUAUCAGUCAAUAUUUUUUCUAUACAUAACAUUAAAGAAGAAAAAAGUCAUGUGUAUAUAUACCAUGAAGGUCAAGGAAGAAAAGGGUCUAAUGAAGUUGCAACUUUUUUAAAUGAUUAUUUGAUCUCAGUUCCAUCAAAGUAUAAUACAUUACGUUUGUUUUGUGACAACUGUAGUGGACAAAAUAAAAAUCAGACCUUAUCACGUUUUUGUUUAUACUUAACUGACAGUGGUAGGUUUGAUAAAGUUAAACAGUUCUUCCCAAUAAGAGGGCAUAGUUUCCUCCCUUGCGAUAGGGACUUUGGUAUAAUUUCAAGUGUUUUAAAGACACAUGACCGUCUUUAUCACAUGCAUCAACUCACCGAGCUUAUUAUUAGCAGCUCCAGAUCACAAAAGUUUACAGUGAAAGAAAUUGUAGAUGCAACUGAAUUUUUUGAUUUUAAAGCUUGGAGUUCGAAACAUUACAAAAAAUCUUGUAUUUCUUCAGAAACCAAGGGUAAAAAUACCUCAAAAGAAAAGAAGGUUCACUUUUCAAUUAGUAACUUGUUUCAUUUUGUAUAUGAGCAUGAUAAAAAAGGCUACAUUAAGGCAUUCACUAAUAUUAAUGGUUUGGUCUGUCAUUUUACUUUUUUUAUGUCCAAACAUAUGGGUACUGUAGCACAGGUGGAUAGUUUAGCUUAUCCAAGUGGCAAAGUUACACUAAAAAAAGCCAAGGUGGAAGACCUUAACAAAUUAAAAGAAUUCAUUCCUGAAGAAUUCAACGAGUUUUAUAACGAGCUGUACUCCUGGCCAACUAAUGAAUGUGAGAUUCUCCCUGAUAGUGACUUUGAGGAAGAAUUAGAUUAAUAUGCUGAGACUUAAUGCUUACUGAUAGCUUUUUUUGUUAUUAAUUCAUAUAUAUAUAUGUAUAAUAUUUAUUACUGGCACAUUAAAAUAAUGUUUUAAAGUACAUAGCUGUAGUUCUUACGGAGUUUUAAUUCGUUUUCCUUCCUGAAAUAUUUGAUUUUUUAAAAGGGCGAAU